GAACUCUCCAUAUCUCUUCCUUCUUCGUCCAACAGCUAAUUGAAAUCUCCAUUUUUGUUUUGCCCUAAAAUCUCCUCAGUUCACUGAAUCUGAAAACCUAAUUUUCAGAAAAUGCCGUUAUUUUCUGAGCCUCCGAGUGUUGUUAAGUCCAGAUUCGGGUCACUGGAUCAAUCUGCAGCAACUCCGAUGGAUACCGCGUCGGUGACUAUGUCGUCGGUGAAGAGCACGCCUAAUCUCAGACUGUUCAAAUCAGCUGCUAAGGAUAACAGGGUUGAGUUCUCUGAGAACAAGGAUGUGGUGGAAUCUAACCGGAGUUUUGAGUUCCGUGAAGAUCCUUCAUUUUGGAAGGAUCACAAUGUUCAGGUUAUUAUAAGAAUACGCCCCUUGAGUAACUCUGAGAUAUCUUUACAAGGACAUGGUAAAUGUGUAAGACAAGAAAGCUCUCAGACAAUGACUUGGAUAGGGCACCCAGAAUCACGUUUUACAUUUGAUAUGGUUGCUGAUGAGAAUGUCACUCAGGAGAUGCUCUUUAAAGCUGCUGGAGUACCAAUGGUGGAAAAUUGCAUGGAAGGCUACAAUAGUUGUGUGUUUGCCUAUGGCCAAACUGGAAGUGGAAAAACACACACCAUGCUUGGAGAUAUUGAAGGAGGCACCCGAAGACAUAGUGUAAAUUGUGGGAUGACACCUAGGGUGUUUGAGUACUUGUUUUCAAGAAUUCAAAAGGAAAGAGAGGCACGCAGGGAGGAAAAUAUAAAGUUCACUUGUAGAUGCUCUUUCUUAGAAAUAUAUAACGAACAGAUUCUCGACCUUUUGGAUCCUUCCUCGGUAAACUUGCAGAUAAGAGAAGAUACUAAAAAGGGGAUUCAUGUAGAAGAUCUCAAAGAAGUAGAAGUUACGAGUGCUCGAGAUGUGAUGCAACAACUUCUUCAGGGUGCUGCAAACAGAAAGGUAGCUGCCACCAACAUGAAUCGUGCUAGUAGCCGUUCACACAGUGUAUUUACAUGUGUGAUAGAGAGCAAAUGGGAAUCUCAAGGAGUAACUCACCACAGAUUUGCUCGUUUUAACCUUGUUGAUUUGGCAGGAUCUGAAAGGCAGAAAAGCUCAGGAGCUGAAGGUGAACGUUUGAAGGAAGCUACUAACAUCAACAAAUCUCUUUCAACAUUGGGAUUAGUGAUCAUGAACCUGGUUAGCAUAUCUAAUGGGAAGUCGCACCAUGUUCCCUACAGAGAUUCAAAGCUCACAUUUCUACUCCAGGAUUCGUUGGGAGGGAAUGCAAAAACAUGUAUAAUUGCAAAUAUUAGUCCUUCCAGCUGUUGUUCAUUGGAGACUCUAAGCACAUUGAAGUUUGCUCAACGUGCCAAAUUCAUCAAAAAUCAUGCUUUUGUAAAUGAAGAUGCUUCUGGAGACGUUCUUGCAAUGAGGAUACAGAUUCAAAAUCUGAAGAAAGAAGUAGCUCGUCUUCGGAGUGUGGCUGAUGGAGGAGUUGAAAACCAUGAAAAUGAUGCUUGGACAGUUGCUUUUCCAGGAUCGCCUACAUCUGUUAAAUGGGAAGGGCUUCAUGGAUUUUCUAGUCCACUUACAGCAGAUAAACGGGUGUCAAAGAAGAAAGACUACGAAGUUGCCCUUGUUGGGGCUUUUAGGAGGGAAAAGGAUAAAGACAUUGCAUUACAAGCAUUAACUGCUGAAAAUCAGGCAGCAAUGCAACUGACCAAACAAAGGGAAGAUGAGAUACAAGGUUUAAAGAUGAGAUUAAGGUUUCGAGAAGCUGCUAUAAAAAGGCUCGAAUCAGUUGCUUCAGGAAAGAUAUCUGCUGAGAUUCAUUUGCUAAAGGAGAAAGAGGAGCAGUUGAAGGAGAUAGAGGUCCUACGGAAUCAGGUUGAUCGUAACCAAGAAGUUACAAGAUUUGCUAUGGAGAAUCUACGGCUAAAAGAAGAGAUCAGAAGAUUGAAGUCAUUUUAUGAGGAAGGUGAGCGAGAAAGAAUGAAUGAACAGAUCAUGAUGCUACAAAAUAAGCUUCUAGAAGCACUUGAUUGGAAACUUAUGCAUGAAUCAGAUCCUGCACCGGUUCAGAAGGGAAUUUCAGAGCUUGGUAUGCAUAUUGAGAAUGACCUGAAUCUACUAACAUCAUCUCAGGCUUCACCUUGGCGUACAUCAAUAAAUGAGGAAAAUGAGUUCCUCCGAGUUCAGGCAAUUCAAAACCAAUCAGAGCUGGAUGCACUCCAUAGACAACUUGUUUUUUGUGUUGAUGAGAAAGACAAAUUGGAAAGGCAAUUAAAUGACUUCGAAAAAGAGCUAGAAUUUGAGAGAUCAUCUAAAGCAGUUCUGAUGGAAGAAUCGAAAAAGGGUCAAAUUGAGCCGUCUUUGGUUGCAAAUGAUCAGGCGCCUACUAUUGCUGUCAGUGAUCAGACGGAGCUAACAACUAUUGUUGAUGCUAUAGCAGCAGCCAGCCAAAGAGAAGCAGAAGCUCAUGAAACUGCAAUUUCCUUGUCUAAGGAAAAUGAUGAAUUGAGGAUGAAGCUCAAAGUCCUAAUUGAGGACAAUAACAAACUGAUAGAACUGUACGAGCAAGCAGUAGCAGAAAAGAACAAUGGGACUGAUAGAGGUCAGAACCCCCAACAAGAAAAUAUUGAAGAUGACAGCCAACAGUUUUUUGAACAUGCUUUACAGAAUCAUGAUUUAGAUGACAUUGUUUCGUCAGGGGAGACAGUAACUUUACAGAGAAGCAAUAUUGCUGCUGACUCAGAUGAACUACCUAGCUACAAUACUACAGAAAUGACAGAGAAUAAACCAUCAGAACGAGGUGAAGAACAUACUUCUGAAAUAUUGGGCAAAAGCGAUUACAUGAUGGUGGAAACCAUUUAUCCUGAAUCAACUGCAGAAGCUGUACUUAAUGAACUUCCUGAGGAUCUGAAGCAGGAUGCUGAAAUGGAAGAUAAGUCAUCAGAUGUUAUGCAUAAUCCUGUAUCAGAGGACCUAAGUUUGUUGAGAAUGAAGCUUGAAGGAGCGCAGGAAAAGCUUCUAAAAUCUGCCAACACCAUAAGUAUGUUUGGUUCAUUAGAGAGGGCAAUUGUUGAGGUUGAUGAGCUUGCAGAAGAAAUUGAAGGACUCGAAAAGAGCAUUGAAGUGAAAAAACAGGGAUACACUUCCUUCAAGCUUCAGUCUUCACAAAUGCUUGGAAAGAAAAUUUUGCUUGAUAAUAAGCUAUCAGCACUAAGAUACUCACUUUCAAGCUUUUCUUCAUCAGUUGGUUACUUCGAACAACGGGAAGCUCAAACAAGAGCAAGAUUGAAUGCUUCAUCUACUUGUCUCAACCAAAAGAAAGCAAAAUUGGCUCAUCUUCAAGCAUCUAAGGUUGAACUCCUAGAAGCACAGAUGCAGGCUAAACAGUCAGAGUCAGAAUUAAGAAACAUCCUAGCAGAAUCAAAAUCAAAAUUGGAAGACGAGAAUCAAAGGCUGGAAAGUGACAGAGUUCUCUUUGCCAUAGAUAACAUUGAGAAACCUGAUAUCCAAUUGCCAGAAAGGAGUUGGCAGUUGAGUGGCAAAGCUACUGAAUUACUCAAGUCUGAGGAAGAAAAAACAAAGAUACAGAAUCAAAUGAAGCAGAUUAGGGAAAAUUUGGGGAUAAAGAAGAAGGAAAUUGAAGACUUGAACGAAAAAAGGCUGAAUUCAGAGAAAGAUAUUGAGGCCACUGAAAAGGAGAUAGAGAAUAUUUCGCAGUCUGUAAAGGAAAUGGGCAACAAGCUUCAAAGGGUCAUUGGGGAGAAGGAGAUGAUCUUUGAAAUGAAAGAGAACGGGAAGCAAGAGUUUGAGAACAUGAUUCUUGAGUACCACGAGAGUAUGUUUGCAGCAUCGUUGAAGGAGGAAGAGUUAAAGAUUUUGGAUGAAGAACUGCAGUUGGAGAUGAGUAAAAUAGAAGAUUUGCAAAGAGAAAAGGCUCUUGCUUCAAGUAGAAAAACUCAGUUGCUGAAUGCAUUAUCGUGCCAAUCGUGCUCUCUCUCUGACAAGGUAGAGGAGGAUCUACAUGACAUACGAAGGUCAGUACUAGAGCUGAACUCGUUGCUUGGAAAUUGAUAGUUUGACUGACAGUUAAUUGCCUGUUUAACUGUCAACUAUAAAACAUCUCUAAAAAAAUCAAACUUCUCUCAGUUGCAUUGUUGCUGCCUUAAUGUGUAUUGUCAAUAUAAAAUUCUCCUUACGCAAAUGGUGUGAUGUAUUACAAACCAUAUUAUGAUUGUGAAUAAGUUGUGAAAAAAUGCAAUCAAAUUUUUGAAGGG